CUGUCAACUAUAUCCUUUUUAAGAGCCCAAAUAAUUUUACAGAGCAUAGAAAAUGCGUCCUCAGUGGUUCCGCCAGGGAAGAGAACUAACGCUCCUGCACAGACAGUCUAUGAGUGUUUCGAUAUUCCUUGUCUGUGUGGAUUCAUGGGAGAUGUCCCACAGUUCUCAGGAUCUAUGGCCUCUGACACCUGCCAAUUAGACAAUGGUUUAAUAGUAGGACCAAUAAUACGAAGAGAAUACCGUAUGCUUAGCGAUACUGAAAGAAAUAGAUUUUAUUCAGCGAUGUGGUCAAUAAAAAACUCUGGCGUUUACGAUUAUUUUGCUCGGAUUCAUUCCCGAUUUGCAGUUGCCACUGGUGCCCAUGCAGGACCUGCAUUUCUCCCAUGGCACAGAGAAUUCCUGAAGAGAGUAGAAAUUGCUCUAAGAAUGGUUGAUCCAUCCGUUGCCAUACCCUAUUGGGACUCUUCCAUGGACAGCCGUCUGAAUAAACCAGCUGACUCUGUUUUAUGGAGUAGCGAGUUACUUGGUGGAGCUGGAUCAAAACCAGCGGAAGUCAGAGAUGGUGCCUUUGCCGGCUGGAUGCUAGAAAAUAAAGCUCGAGUCAUUAGACGCUUUGUUGGAUUUCAGUCAGCACCAAUGUCUAUAAAUGAUGUGCAAACCUUCCUCAGCACUUCUAAUAUUCAGCAAAUCCUUGCAUCUCCUGCUGCUCGAGAUGUAUGUUUUGUUUUCAUAAAACAUCAAGGAAAAUUACCACAUUCAAUCCCAAUCUAUUAUUGGCCACUUCUAGGGAUGUCCUAUACCAAAAUCAUGGCAACUGCUAGAGCUCGCACACGGAAAACCGCAUCUCUUCGUCGGCGUAGUUGUUUGACGAAAUUUACAGAGGACUUGGUGUUAACCGCUUCUUCAGCAAACGAUCCCGCUUUUUAUCUACAUCAUUCAUUUAUCGACUUUAUUUGGGAAUCUUGGCGACAGAACGCGCAGACGAGACAAGCCCGAGAAACCGACUAUCCACUAGACAAUAUACUGUGUAGCAGUUCUGUUCAUUUUCGAGAGGCGCAAUUGCUUCCGUUUACUCCCAUGUUGAACAUUGAUGCUCUGUCAAAUGAUUAUACAGACUUCCUAUACAAGUAUAGCCCAAGGCCCACGUGCUCCCUAAACAAUCGUAAUUGCGGAUCAAAUGUGUCUAACUCCACCUCUUCUAGAUAUCUCUUUUGUGACCUCUCUCACGGCCAACCAGGUUGUGCAUCAAAAAUAGUUCCAUCUGGUAAUUGUGAAGGAUUCUUUAACGGUGAGGACUUCUUGCUCUUUUUCAACUUUUUACCAAAACGUACACUAUCUUGCAUAGGAGAAGACUGCUGCUACAAAAGCACUUGUCGAGGAGGCACUUGCGUUCAAACCUCUGUAAGCUGUUACUAUGCGAAACUCAUCAGUAUGAGAACCCUAAUUUACAAGUUCGUGGACCAAGAUUCUCAGGCCUUGAAUAGCAGUGCUGUCGCAGCUAGAAUAGGACCUGCCACCCUGCCGCCUUUAGACGAGCCGUGUCUCAAUGAACUCGAAUGUUGUGACUUGUGGGCGUCAAGUGGUCAUUGUGAGAGCAACCCAACUUUUAUGCUUGAAUCCUGUAAAGUCUCCUGCGAUGUUUGUUUACCUUCAUACGAUUCCUCUUUAGACUGCUCCGAUCGAUCGAGGAUGUGCGCAGCAAAUAAAUGUCGAUUUAGAAUAGAAUGGAUGAAAGAGAAUUGCAGAAGUACAUGUGGUUUCUGUAAUCAAACGAGAGAGCAAGCCUGCACAGUUCCGUCGGCAGAAAACCCAGAAAUCAAUUAUGAGCAAGAGAUCCCCGAGAAUCCUGAACACCCUACUCUACUGCAGGGCCACAUCUCUGCCAUACUAUCAAUAAUCUUGAAGAAUCUGGGGAAGAAGUUAGUAUAAAA